UCCGUGUGUGUGUCUCACCAGAUUCCGCAGCGUACCGUCCGCCCACAAAUUAAAGCUAAAUAGCAUGCUACGUCGAUUUCCGACACUCUCACGAAAGAAUCCCUUCCCGAAAUGUUAUAUCGCAAGUCUCCCCACUUCGCAUGUCCCCACAGCUCCGAGAAACUCCGAACUCUAAGUCUCCGAUUUUCUCCCGUUGUGUUGUGAUCAGAGCGUUCGUGAAGACGGGGAAUCUGUGCCAAAUGCGAACAUAAAGCAUAAACUCGAGUUUUUGCACAUGUGCGCUACUGAUGAAAUAAUCGAUCGAUGUUCCCGAAGAAGAGCCUCUGAGGAAAUCAGCCAAAGAGUAGGGCACUACGAUAAAUUCGGCGAUAGCCGCUCGUCGUAACUGUACUAAAAGAUAUGCCCUACAGGACACGGAGGUUGACAAAAGCUAGUUAUGCAAGAAGAAGCGCGAGAUUGACAAUCGAUGACGACACCGAUGUGCUCUUGUGGCAAUUUGAAGGAAGACUUGUCCGAAAUCCGCAAUCAGAGGGACGCAUUUCAUUGUCCAUCGGGGGACCGACUUCAUAACCGUCUAAAGGCUCUUGUCAGCCCGUAGUGCUUGUGCCCUGACCCUACCAGGCCUGCUGCGCUCUUCGUUUCAGGCCUCUCAGAGGGCCGUCUCAUCUUGGCACCUACUAGCUAUAAUGCACUGUUGCUGACAAGACACGACGGGGAACUGGCUACCCUUUGUACAUGCAGAUUGUCAUACGUCGUGGAUCGAAAGAGAUCACUUCCCUUCAGAUACUGGCAAGGCUCCGCGAAGCCUAGAACUCACACGAAGCGGCUGCCAAGAAACGCAUUCUUUUGGAAAAGUUUCACGAGAUAAUUAAAUUUGAGGUCCCGAGAAACAAAGAGCAAUUACAAUUGUUAGGUGGCGGAAUCUUUAGCCUAUUUGAAGAAUGUGUAGGGUUCUGCACAUUUUCUUAAACUCCACUCCGCACGAGAUGAGGGAUAAGAAAGUCCACCCCGUAAAAGAUAUUUUCUUCGCAGUUUUCGACGAAGAAUCUUUUCCUUGAGUAGGCACUCUGGAGUCGGAUGAGACCGGCGAAGGUUUAAAUCAGAAGCCAGGAAGGACAUCGUAAGUGAAAUAAAUAUUCUCAGUAGCGAUUGAGGAAGAAAUCCUGCUUGAGUUGCCAAUUCGCAGUUAGUUUUUAUAAAUCAGCGGAUAUGGGAAAGGAAUCCGGGCAUGAACAUGGCAAAGGGGAGCAUGGUCACCACCAUGCUCACGGCGGGCACGGGCACAGUCAUCAUGGGCGACAUCACAGCCAUUGUACGGGGCCUGAGGAUUUUGUUCCCGAAGUUAAAGAGCCAGGUUGCCAUCAGCGGGAAGAGCUGCGGGAGAAGAAAAAGUCCCUGGAUUUGCAGUGGCGACGAAGUACUAUCAAGGUCUCUCCCUGUGUCCACUGCGCGUCCCAAGAGGCUCACGAGCGCGCCAGGAGAUACAGAGCCAAAGCCAAAUGCUUGGCGCCGGCGGAACUCUUAGUCUGCAGCAUGAAGUUGAUUGAAAGCUACCGAAAAAAGCGAGAGCCAGGACAGACGCCCAACGUUUACGCCGAUAUUUGGCUGCCUCUUUACAACGUCGUACAUCCUUACGACAUCCAAACUAUGAAGCAGGCAGAUUCUCUUUGGAUGCGUCAGGUAUGAGAGGCUUCUCAGAAUAUUUCUGGACAGAAUGUACGAACAGAUUUCUACUCUGACAUUCGACGACGAGAUGAAAUACACUGUUUUGGCGUACCUCGCAUUCCUACGCCUGCACGAACUUUCCUGGCCUCAGUAUAGACGGUUGGUGAUGAGCCAACCUCCGGGAAGAAUGCUACCAUUUAUGCGUUUCAUUUUCAAUGAGCGAGAGUUAAUAGAUCAUGUUCAAGCGAGUUGGUGUGCCGUCUAUGACAUCGAGUUUGUCCGGGAUAUACUCGAAAGUAUACGUUUCUUCUCAUCCGAAGCCCAAGAAGUUUGUGAAGCGUUAGAGGAAAGGGUGUACGCACCAGAUCCCCUCGGGAGAUAUGUACAACCUCCUACAGUUCCAAAACCAUUCAAAAUGUCUGUGAGCAAGACCGUUUGCCCCAAUUUUGAAGAGUGGGCGCCGCCAGAACCGUUCGAAGCAAGACCGGCUCCGAUGUUUGAGAAGGGCAGAACUCUUGAAGUGAAGAGGCUUUCAGCUGUCUUUAAGGAGAACCGACAGAUUCUGAAGAAGAAGUAUGACGAUCCAAAACAUCAACCGUUUCGACUUCGCUGUGUGGAGAGACCAACUAACAUUGAACAACUCCGGACGGAGGUGGAAGAGAAGUUUAUUCAAGAUCAUCAUUAUAUCCCAGCAGAGAUAAAUCCAGCUCCUGCAAUGCCUACUGUUGAGGUCAAGUUGAACGUUGCAACACUUCUAAGGGAGCAUGCAUUAUUUCAAAAGCAAAUGGAUCAAGAUAAGAAGAAGAUUGAGGCAUUUGAACUCGAGUUGCGGGAUGACUCAGAUUUCAAGCUUUGGCAGGAAGAACAGCGAAUGCAGGACGAGGUUGCAGAUGCAAUAAAUAUCGAAUUCAAUAGAAAGAAAGUUAUGGCAACAGACCAGGCUGCGAUAGAAGCCAAGGAAAAGUAUCUAGCAGAAAAGAUGGAAAUUGGAAGAGGAGCAAGGGAAGAAGCAAAAAUUAGCCACCUAACAAUCCAGCAAGAAUCAAAGAACGAGAAGUUUCGCAAGAAGCUCAAACACUUCCUCGUUGUUCAAGAUAAGAGAGGGAUAAAGAUAGCCAGGGAGAAUGUAGCAAAAGCAAGAAAAGCAAACGCAUUGGAGGUUCAAGCAGAGUCUGAGGAGCUUUGCGCAAAGAGUACUCUUCAAAAAGCUCAGGAGAUGGCUAUGAAGCAGGAGCUUGUUCGUCAGCUGAGGGCACUAGAAAAGGAGUCUUGCCACAUGGAGAAAAAGUUUGAUAUCUAUAGUAGCAGUGGACAAGGGCUGCUACAAGAAAUGUCGAUAGCUCAACUUCGAACCGAGCUUGUCCUCGUGAAGAGAUGGCUACAGCACGAGGAAGAUAUUAAGCGCCGGAAGAUUCAUGCUGUCAAAAUUGAGAGGCAAAACAUGCUGCUGGAGAGGUCCCGAGUGGUGACUCAAAUGAGGCAUAUUGCCCGUGCACAAUGGCUCUCAAAGAAAGCACAUGAGAAAUUUUAUGAUAAAACUGAGAUUAAUCCCGCAGAACAAUUGGGGCUUUGAUGUAAGACAGGGAUUUUAAACUCUUCGAUAACUGAAAGUUAGAACUGAUGUCUUGAUCAGAAUAAAGUGUUAUAUUAGGUGGAAUAUUCGAGAAAGGUAUACUACAAUAGCUUGUAGAAACCUCCGCCUUCUAAUUAUGUAACAGCAACUCCAUCUCAUAACCUUGAACGUUUUGACGCUUCAGUUGUGGAAUCCUUAUCAACCUAUCGAGCUGAAAGUAUUCUUGUCACGUCAAAAUUCCUUCUAUAUUACUGACAUAUCGUAUAAACCACGUGAGAUCUAGUUGUAAGGGACAACUCGUGAAAGAGGAAGUGGCUAGGAAAGUGGCCCAGUGUAAAGUAGUGACUCCACAGAAAAUUUUUUCAGCAGAAAGUUGAGCAGUUAUCAAGAGUUCAGCUGUGGUUGCACUCUCUCCAUUUUACCGAGGUAGAUUCGGAAUACGUAAGUACUUGGUAAUCUAGUCCAACUAUCAGUGGUUUGUAUUACCAAGACUAGAUGCGAUUUGGGUGGGUUUGUUCCUUGUGUUUCAAGUGGAGUUAAAUGUAUCUAAAGAAAUUA